AUGAAACUGGCCAUGGAGAAGUUGACCCCUAUCACUCAGCUGUCUGAGAAGUUGACCCCUAUCACCCAGCUGUCGGAGAAGUUGACCCCAAUCACCCAGCUGUCGGAGAAGUUGACCCCAAUCACCCAGCUGUCUGAGAAGUUGACCCCCAUCACCCAGCCGUCUGAGAAGUUGACCCCCAUCACCCAGCCGCCGGAGAAGUUGACCCCUAUCACUCAGCCGCCUGAGAAGUUGACCCCUAUCACUCAGCCGCCUGAGAAGUUGACCCCUAUCACUCAGCCGCCUGAGAAGUUGACCCCUAUCACUCAGCCGCCUGAGAAGUUGACCCCUAUCACUCAGCCGCCUGAGAAGUUGACCCCUAUCACUCAGCCGCCUGAGAAGUUGACCCCCUAUCACUCAGCCGCCUGA